GACGUAAAUCUUGGCAGCAACAUGAACAUUUUACAGAAAUGCCACUAAACAAAAUUGUGUAACUUAGUUCCAAUUUUUUAAUUUAUAUUGUUUGAAUAAAUGAAGUUUAAAAUCUAGAUUGUCGCAAUUUGUUGAACUCAGUUUACAACUUUGGUGUGAACGUGGCUUUAAUUAGGUAUUUCCUUGAAAAUUUGUCUGUUCUGUGAAGACUGUAUAGAUCUCCGGCUGAAAUGAAACAUCUUUUCUGUUUACACAGCUGACUAUUGCAUUCAUCGUUUGUUUAUCAGGAAAAUUAUUCUUAGAAGUGGAUCAAUCAAUGGAAUAACAAUUUCUAAGCUUUCCAAAAUUUUGCAGUUUUAACUUCUGAUAGUGAAUAAAGAAAGGAAUAAUGCCAGGGUGCGGUUGUGCAGCUCCGCCGUCCAGUGGGCGUCCAGUGAAUGUGCCCCAAUCACGCGGCUACUUGCCGACACCGCCAAGUAGUGGGGGGGCACCAAUGGCAAGCAGCUUCUCUUCGCCAAGUGGUGGGGGGCCGAAAGCAAGCAGCUUCUCUUCCCCCGCCACUCCCGCCUAUGGCGGCAGUAUAUCCGCGUACAACGCUCCGCCCGCGGCUGACGGCAACGCAGCGGAAACCCUACCCGCCGAACGCAGCUUAAGUCGCUCCACCCAAAAGUACCAGCCCGACUGGAAGUCGCCCUUGAAAACGUUCGACAAUUUCGCCUCCAAAGUGCUGCGCCAGAAAGCCGAGGCCGAAGAGGAUUUUCCAAAACUAACAAUGCCCACGUUCAGGGGACUGCACAAAUGCAAGGUGUCUGCGCUCAACUAUCACCAGGUGGAUCUGGCACUAGAACUUGAGCAAGAGUUGCGCAACAUUGGCAUACAAGGCACGAUGAUGAUGGAGCACCUGGAGAAGCUACUGAAGGCGGAGGCGGCAUGCCAGUUCCAGGGGGCGGUGAGGGCGGCAGAGUUGGCCGCGAUGGCCGCCCCCAACGGACUAGCCGAGGAGGCGGCGGUUGCCGCCUCUCGCGGGUACUCUGUUGACGCUCAGCAGUUUUCUCGAAUGGCGACUGGCGAUAAUCCCAUCGAAAUUGUCGGCUACAUUGGCUGUACACGACCUGACAACUUCUAAAGCUAACCGCCUUGUUGUGAAAUUUUCGUAGAUGCUGAAUAAAGUUGAUUGAUUGCUAAACCGAAAAUUAUUACAGUAAAUAGUCAUAGAAGAAACCGAAAUUUCUAGCUGUUUAUAACAAGUUGUAAAUGGAAAUUGCUGUUCUUCAAUGUUGUUCUAGUUGAAAUGUGUAGUAGACGCAAUGCUGAAUAAAGUUGAUUGAUUGCAGAACAUA